AUGUACGGGAAAGGACAACGACUUGAUUUUGUCAUGAAACAGCAGUAUGCCCCAGAUUCCAAGAUUCAAUUUUAUCUGCCCAUCGAACUGGGAAUCCGACUGCCUCCGGCCGGGGUCACUGAGAACCAGACCGACCUCACCGUGUCCACCAACGCUGCGGCCGGCCCAGUCCCUCCCACGCCCAUCUCCUACUCUCCCAGCGUAGGCGUGUUCUGGUUAAAGCCUGCCCUGAGCUUCGACGGAGGCCAGGCAGGAGAGGUAUCGGGGCUGAGGAUAGCCUUCGGCUUCACGAUGGACGUGGAGGAGGGCUCUGUGAUGGAGGUACAGCUGCCCAACUUCACCAUAGCGAUGGAGGUCAACAUGGUGGUAACGGGUAGCGACGGGUCGAAGUUGAAUGCGACGGCAAUGUCGGGAGGAGGCGGGGUGACGUUGAAGCUACGGGGGUUCGUCUUCCCCCGACGGGAGUAA